AGCAGUCUCUGAAUAAAAAAUCCGAGAAAAAUCAGAAUCGCAGCUUAGAUUUUUAAUUUUUCCAACAACUUACAUAAAUAAAACUUGUUAUUUAUUUACAAAACCAAUAACAAUGUCUGGCGGACUACAAGGAAUUCGUAAGCUGGCCGACAAGCUCUUCACUCCCAACGAAAUUCGUCGUUUUCAGGCGUACAAAAAUCGCUUUAGUGAGAAAUAUCUGAGCGUGGAGGGCUUGAAGACCAGCUUUAAGAAUCCAAAAUUCGGAAAGCUUUUCUACCAUCGCAUGUUUUCCUCUCACAAAGAUGAGUGUGAGUGCCCCGAAGAGCCGAGAGCUAAGCCGGAGUGCGAUCCCAGUUGGGAUGAAAUAUACCCUCGGGGACCUCCUUACGAACCCCGUGAUUCCCAUUUCUGGUAUCCGGAUCCGGAAUACUUGAUAAAACAGGAAAAUGUGGUAUUUUAUCCCGCCGGCGACGAGUGGAAACGCCGUCCGAAUUUCACGGGAAAAAUAGUUCCGCCACAUCGCAAUUUUCGGACCAAGUUCAUCAACUUUGGACCCGCCCAUCCGGCGGCCCAUGGAGUACUACGCAUGAUCCUCGAGCUGGAUAAUGAAACGGUGCUGAAUGCCGAUCCCCACAUUGGAUUACUCCAUCGAGGAACCGAGAAGCUGAUCGAAUACAAGACAUAUACGCAGGCAUUGCCAUACUUCGAUCGAUUGGAUUAUGUUUCCUGCAUGGCCAACGAAUUGGCCUACGCUUUGGCAGUGGAAAAGUUGCUGAAUGUGGAGGUUCCUCGCAGGGCCAAGUUCAUAAGGACCAUGUUCUCGGAGAUAAUGAGGCUCACGAAUCACACAAUGGCGAUCGCUUCGUCGGUUUUGGAUUGCGGAGCCAUAACUCCGCUUUUCUGGUUGUUCGAGGAGCGCGAGAAGCUCUACGAAUUUUCGGAACGGGCUUCGGGAGCUCGUCUGCAUGCCGCCUACAUCCGGCCGGGGGGCGUGGCGUCGGAUAUACCCCUGGGCUUCCUCGAUGAUCUAUACCAGUUUAUCAACCAGUUCGGCGAUCGCUUGGAUGAAGUCGAGGACGUCGUCACCGAUAAUCGCAUCUGGCGAAUGCGUAACAUUGGCAUUGGCACGAUAUCCGCUCACGAUGCCCUGAAUUACGGAUGCACUGGACCCGUUCUGAGGGCCACUGGCAUCAAGUGGGAUCUGCGCAAGCAGCAGCCCUACGAUGCCUACGACGAGAUGGAAUUCGAUGUGGCGGUGGGCGCGAAUGGCGAUUGCUACGAUCGCUACUUGGUGCGAAUGCAGGAGAUGCGCCAGUCGGUGAAUAUCAUCAAGCAGUGCAUCGAUUGCAUGCCACCGGGUGAGAUCAAGGUGGACGACCUGAAGAUAUGUCCUCCUCCACGUCGCAAGAUGAAGCAGGGCAUGGAGGAUCUGAUCCACCACUUCAAGCAUUUCUCGCAGGGCUUCUAUGUUCCUCCCGGAGCAACUUAUACCGCCGUGGAAGCUCCCAAAGGGGAAUUCGGAGUGUAUCUAAUUUCCGAUGGUUCAACGCGUCCUUAUCGCUGCAAGAUUCGUCCAUCAUCCUAUAUCCACCUCGCCCUCAUGGCCAAAAUAGCACCUGGACACUUUCUGGCCGAUGUGGUGGCCAUAAUUGGAUCACUGGAUAUCGUAUUCGGCGAAAUCGAUCGUUAGUUUUCCACAUAGAUAAUUUGUAUUGCAAGCAAUUGUAUGAGUUUCCACAUUAAAGGAGGGGAACAAACAAAAAUAAUAUUGGUUAUGUAUAAUAUAUGCAAUAAUAAUAGCA